CCAAAUCCAGAUAUACUCCGUCUCUCUCUUUCUCUGUUGCAAGCCUGACUUCACUUUCUCUCUCCUCUUUCUCUCUCUAAACUGAGAACUAACAACGAUGCAGUCGAUUUCAAGGCGAUUAGGGCACAAAGUUGUCAACUCCGAUGGUUCAAUCGCCUGUCUUAAAUCAAUUUACCCGCUUUCUCAUCACUAUAAUGGAGGUGGUGAUCAAUCACGAUAUGUAUCAACUCUCACUCCAAAAGGUGUGGCCCAUCUUGUUCGCAAGGGUACUGGUGGAAGAUCUUCCGUUAGUGGCAUAGUUGCUACAGUUUUUGGAGCUACUGGUUUCCUUGGUCGUUAUGUUGUGCAACGACUUGCUAAAAUGGGAUCUCAAGUCUUAGUUCCUUUUCGUGGUUCUGAGGAUUCUCAUCGCCAUCUUAAAUUGAUGGGUGAUCUGGGUCAGAUAGUACCGAUGAAGUACAACCCAAGAGAUGAAGCUUCAAUUAAGGCUGUUAUGGCAAAGGCCAAUGUUGUUAUUAAUCUUAUUGGAAGGGAAUAUGAAACAAGAAACUACAGCUUUGAGGAAGUGAACCAUGGCAUGGCGGAGCAGCUUGCAAUGAUUGCCAAAGAACACGGAGGUAUCAUGAGAUAUAUUCAAGUUUCAUGUUUGGGAUCAUCUUCUUCAUCGCCAUCAAGAAUGCUAAGAGCUAAAGCUGCUGCGGAGGAAGCUGUCUUGAGAGAAAUUCCUGAGGCUACAGUCAUGAAACCUGCUGCAAUGAUUGGUACAGAGGAUCGAAUUUUGAACAAGUGGGCACAUUUUGUGAAAAAAUAUUCGUUUCUUCCACUAUUUGGAGAUGGAUCUACCAAACUCCAACCUGUCUAUGUAGUUGAUGUUGCUGCUGCAAUUAUUGCUGCCCUGAAAGAUGAUGGAAGUAGUAUGGGAAAAAUUUAUGAGCUUGGUGGGCCCGAAAUCCUUACUGUGCAUGAAUUGGCAGAGAUUAUGUUCGAUAUGAUCCGUGAAUGGCCUCGUUAUGUCAAGGUUCCUUUCCCCAUUGCAAAGGCGAUUGCAACUCCACGAGAAGUAUUAAUCAACAAGGUUCCUUUUCCAUUACCCACUCCCAACAUAUUCAAUUUGGAUGAGAUCAUUGCACUUACUAUGGAUACAGUUGUUUCAGAAAAUGCUUUAACAUUCCACGAUCUUGGGAUUAUGCCACAUAAGUUGAAGGGAUACCCUGUUGAGUAUCUUAUUUCAUAUCGCAAAGGUGGCCCACAAUUUGGUUCUACAGUAAGUGAAAGGGUAUCCCCAGAUUCUUUUCCAUAAAUAUGUUGGGACUUGGAACUUUCUUUUCCAAAUGUUUCUGGUCCACUACCUGUUUGGAGAGUUUGGAAUGCAUAGGUGAUGCCUGCAUUUUGUUGACAAUGAAAAGACAUAAAAUGCACGAAUCUUGGUUCCCUUGUUCGUUAUGGAAGAAUUUAUAUUCAUUGCAAUAACUGGGAUACUUAUUCAACUGUUUUAUCAGUCUCAUUUGUACCUGUUGUAGGGAUUUUCAGUUUACUAAUAAGUUCCUAGUCUUAGCAUCAGUAGGUUUUCAAAGGGUAACCAACCAGUUUCCAUUGGGACACCCUAGGAAAGAAUAAUACCGAGUUGUAUGAUUGUUGGACAUCAUGGGCAUUUUUGUAAGUAAACCCCAAAAAAUAGAAGAAAAGCAUUUGGAACGAGUGUUUACAGCAGGCUCUUAAGUCCUCGGGUUUAUUUAUUGAACAAGAAAAUGGCCCCAUGUGGCUGUUUCUAUUAUGCUUUUAGCACUAUCGUUUUGUCAAUUCCAUAUAUUGAAGUCUGAAAUAAUGUUCAUGUUAACAA